AUGACACCAGGGCAUUACCCCCCCCGCAAUGGGACCACGGAAGCCCUGGUGGUCCUGGUGGUCCUGGUCCAGGGGGGGCUCGGAACUGCCUUCACCAAGGUGAUCUCCGUGGAAAAUGGGGGGCCCUGGGGGGACUGGGGCGACGCUGAGUUCUGUCCUGACAACACCUACGCUACCGGCUUCCAGCUGAAGAAGGAAGCCCGCUGGGGGCUGGGGGGGGACUAUGGGGCAGAGAGACCGCCCCCGCCUCAGCGCAGCCCCUCCGCCCAGACCACCAUCAUGGCCGUGGAGUUCGACGGGGGAGUCGUCAUCGGGGCCGACUCCCGCACCACCACCGGGUCGUACGUGGCCAACCGGGUGACGGACAAGCUGACCCCCGUCCACGACCGCAUCUUCUGCUGCCGCUCAGGCUCUGCCGCCGACACGCAGGCGGUGGCCGACGCUGUGGCCUAUCAGCUGGCCUUUCACAGCGUGGAGCUGGAGGAGCCGCCCCGGGUGCGGACGGCCGCUCGUCUCUUCCAACAAACCUGUUACCGUUACCGGGAGGAGCUCAGCGCCGGCAUCAUCGUGGCUGGCUGGGACCCACGCCGGGGGGGGCAGGUGUACGUGGUGCCAAUGGGGGGGCUCCUCCUGCGGCAGCCCUUUGCCGUGGGGGGGUCAGGCAGCUCCUACAUCUAUGGGUUCCUGGAUGCCGCCUUCCGCCCUGGGAUGACCCGUCCCCAGUGCCAGGAUUUUGUUGCCCGUGGUGGGAUCGAGGAGGCGCUGGGGGACAAGGCCAAAUUCGCCGGGCGCAAGUUCAGGAACCCCAAGGCCAAGUAG